UUCCUGGAGCCCCAGGGUGCCGGCCGGGACCUCUCUGAGGUCCUCUGGGCAAUGGCCUUGUCUCAGCCGGACUCUGGCCCCCUUGGGAGCGCGGCUGUCUGCAUCUGACUGCCCUUCAUCCUCUUCCUCCCUUCCCGUUCCCGGCGCGCGCUCCAAUCUCUGGCCUCUCCUCUUUGCGUCCAUCUGUCGGUCCGCGCGCACCACUCCGGCUACCCGCUUGGAUGGACGCGCCCAGGCGGCCUGGGCGCACAGGCAUCUUCCUUUCCAAGUUGCUCCUGAUCUUUGUCUGCACAGAUGGCUGCCUUGCUCAGUGUGGCAAAGACUGCAAAUCUUACUGCUGUGAUGGGGCCACACCCUACUGUUGCUCCUACUACGCCUAUAUUGGGAACAUCCUCUCGGGCACUGCCAUCGCCGGCAUUGUGUUUGGCAUUGUAUUUAUCAUGGGCGUCAUUGCGGGCAUUGCCAUCUGCAUCUGCAUGUGCAUGAAGAACAACCGUGGGACCCGGGUGGGUGUCAUCAGAACCACCCACAUCAAUGCCAUCUCCUCCUACCCUGUAGCACCGCCCCCCUAUAGUUAUGACCACGAGAUGGAAUACUCUGCUGAUUUGCCUCCACCAUACUCCGCAACACCACAGGCUUCAGCCCAGCGGUCACCACCUCCUCCUUAUCCUGGCAAUUCAAGAAAGUGAUCCUACUUCCCGAGGAGAAUGCCUGCCCAUUGGUGAUCUUGCUCAGGACAGAAAUGCCUCGUCUUAGAAACGAAUGGGAAAAGAUUGCCUUAAGGAAUACAUUUGGAGCUCAGACAAUAUUUUAAGUGGAAGGUCCAUACUAAGAGAUAAAGAUUUUCUGCCCUGCUCAGUUGGAUAAUGAAGAUGGCUCAUGACUGGACAACAUUUUGUUCUGUGAUGAAUAAGGUUGUCGUGAGUCAAAGCCCACUGGAUGGCAGCUAACAGCAAUAUCUUACUCAGAGCUGAUCCCAUGUGGAGUAUUAUGCUUGAGUCCAUGUGUACCAACUUUUAGGAAACUUACUGAUCAAUUUAAGCACAUUCAGAGAAGAGUGAUGAGAUUGCCAAAACAUCUGAGAAGCAUAUUGUUUGAGGAAUAGAUCCUGGGAGAAAAAAAGUCCACUCAUGUAGGACAGGAAAGGGGUUCAACUUACAGAAACAACUUUAUUUUGGGUAACUUUAAAUCUUUAAGAUGAAAAUAACCAGUCUUUCUUUCAUUAAUAAGUAUACACUGAGUGCUUAAGAACCUAGCAUGUGCCAUGCAUACAGUGCAGUGUGAGACACUGGAAGGAUGUUAUAGGGAGGGCAUUGGAUUCAGUAUACAAAAGAACAUUUGAAUAACUGGAUCUUUCUUACUGGUCAUGAAGCUCCCUGUUACCCGGACUGCUCAAAUAGAGCCCAGUGAUCUGAUAAGAGAAAUACUCUAGACAUAACCCCUAAAUCAAAUGAUAGAUGGCUUCAUUGGAAGCAAAAAGGACUCUUGUUUUAGGUCAAUGUGGGAUACAUUUCUCUGCCUCCAGGAAUGAAUACACGGGUAUGGUUGAAUCUGAACCAUUAAAUUUUAGCACUAAGAAAGGAUCAAAGGAUUCAACAACUGCAUAAAGCCAAGGACUUGACAAUGCCAGCCAGCUACUGUCAUCUAAAAAGCAUCUAGCUUUAUCUAGAAGAUGAUGAUAAAAAAUUAUUCCAACAGUGAAGAUUAAAAUACAUAUUGAGUCCCACAGGUAACAAAUACUUCACUUUCAAAGUUAAUGGUAAUACUUCAAAUAUUCACUGGACUUUACAUCAGAAAGUAAAAGGUUCGAACUUGAGCAAGAUGUACACUACACUUACACACACACACACACACACACAAAAUCCAGAAAGUUAUUGUUUGGUCCAGACUCCUUCUGUGGAAUUCCACUCAACUUUACUCUCCAAAACCCAAACUCAUUGCUAGUGAGUCCAUUCUGGCUCAUAGCGACCCUACUGGACAGAGUAAACGUUUCCCUGUGGGUUGUCAAGACUGUACAUCUUUAUGGGAGUGCAAAGCCUCAUCUUUCUUCUGAGGAGCAGCUGGUGGUUUCAAAGUGUUAACCUCAAAAUGAGCAGCCCAAUAUGUAAUACACUAUACUACCCCUUGAUUCUUACAAGAAUAAGUUAGCCUUUAGAAAAAGUUACAUCGUUAAUGGCAAGGUUAAGAUAUUGACUUCAAAGAUUUUCCUUUGACCAAAAUGCAAGAUUUAUGAAUUCCCUACCUUUGAAUAGAAAAGCUUUAAUAAGUAAUUCAAAUGUGCCAUAAUUUUGCUGCAAAUGACCUUGAAAUUUAUAUUUUCACUUGAGUUCUUUUAUGUAUUUAAAAUUUUUUAUAUUGACUAAAUAUUAAGGCUAGAUGGUGGAAUUUUUGCGUCAUUUUUAUAAAUAAACCUAAAAAAAUUUCAUCAAUAUCAUCACCAUAAUUCAAUAAAAUUCCCCAAUUGAUACUGAGAAUUUAUAGGCUAAAACAAUAAAAAGAAAUGUCUGAAAAUAUAUUUUUUUAGUUCCCAUAUUUGUAGCUAAUACAAGUAACAUAUUUUCAUCUUCCACCAUUUAAAAUACAUUGAUGUGACUGAAAUACAGUCUAACUGCCAGUGAAAUCUGAAGGCUAAACUUGUUUUGAAGGGCUUUGGGUUUCUAAGCCUUGAUCAUUUUCUUAAUUAUAAAGACCCAAAUCAUUCGAGGAUUCCAGUCUAUUCUAGGGAAAGGGUCCCUGACUUACAUGAGGAUUUUAGCACAAUUUUAACAGUCCAUAUGCUUCAUUUCUCUCUCUCUUCUGCACAUAUGAUCAUACUCAGUUACACUACAGAUAGAUAAUUUACUGUGCCUGAGCCUCCUUGAAUUUCAGAAAUGUGUUACAGAUGACCCACACAUUUCUUAAGAAAGAUUUAGAUGAAAAGGAGCAGUGGGAAUGGGAUUCUCAUCAUCUUUGCCAUCAAUAAGCCUUUAUUAUGUGCCUCCUAUAUUCUGCAAACAUUAGCCAUAGAGGAACCAUCCCUCUCCAUCUCUCCUCACACUGCUUCUAGGCUCCCUAAGGCAUAUCACAAACCCAUAGCCCUACAGUAGAUGAGUAUUUCACUCUGUGUAUUUCAUUUCACAAUAACAUGAAUAUGCAUGUGACCAGGAUAGACUUUGGGAGUUCACUGAUUGUUUCCACAGAUGAUACUCGGGGGGGAUAGUACAUGACAUGACAGUUUUGGUUUAUGUAUUUCUCAUGGAUUAUAUAUUCCCAGUGGCCAAAGUGCUUACAACCAGCAAUAAAAUGAAAGAAAUUAUUGUAAUGAG